AUGUCUGCUCAAGAGGAAGGAGGCCGGAAGCCCCACAAAUCCAAGGGCAAGACCCUGAGCAACUUCUUGGGGUUCCUGCCUGGAUUCAGUUCUGCCCGAAACCUGGCCAAUGCUCACAGCUCAGCAAGAGAGGCUGAUCCCACAGGUGCUCCUGCUCCCGAGGCCACCCGUCCCCAGGCCCAGGCAGCUACCGACCCGAAGCAGAUGGCCACGGAGGUGGAGAAGCUGUCGCCGCCUUCAGACAAGUCCGUUCUUACUGGCACCAAAGACACAGUGUCCACUGGCCUCACUGGGGCAAUAGGAGUCGCGAAGAGUGCCGUCCAGACAGGCGUGAACACCUCCAAAACGGUCCUCAGUGGCACUAAAGACACAGUGUCAGCUGGUCUCACCGGGGCAAUGGGUGUAGCCAAAGGUGCCGUCCAAACUGGUGUGGACACUACCAAGACCGUUCUCACUGGCACCAAAGACACAGUGUCCGCUGGCCUAACCGGAGCAAUGGGAAUGGCCAAGGGUACUGUCCAGACCGGUGUGGACACCUCCAAGACCAUCCUAACUGGCACCAAAAACACAGUGUCCGCUGGCCUCAAUGGGGCAGUGGGUGUGGCCAAGGGUGCCAUCCAGACUGGCAUGGACACCUCCAAGACCAUCUUGACUGGCACCAAAAACACAGUGUCCACUGGCCUCACUGGCGCAAUGGGUGUAGCCAAAGGUGCCAUACAAACUGGCAUGGAUACUACCAAGACUGUUCUUUCUGGCACCAAAGAUACAGUGUCCGCUGGUCUCACUGGGGCAAUGGGUGUGGCCAAGGGUGCUGUCCAGACCGGUGUGGACACUACCAAGACGGUUCUCACUGGCACCAAAGACACAGUUUCCACUGGACUCACCGGGGCAAUGGGUGUAGCCAAAGGUGCCGUCCAAACUGGCGUGGACACUACCAAGACGGUUCUCUCUGGCACCAAAGACACAGUGUCUGCCGGCCUAACCGGAGCAAUGGGAAUGGCCAAGGGUGCAGUCCAGACUGGUGUGGACACCUCCAAGACCAUCCUAACUGGCACCAAAAACACUGUAUCCACUGGCCUCACUGGGGCAAUGGGUGUGGCCAAGGGUGCUGUUCAGACUGGCAUGGACACAACUAAGACGGUUCUCACUGGCACCAAAGACACAGUGUCUACUGGACUCACUGGUGCAAUGGGUGUAGCCAAGGGUGCAGUCCAGACCGGUGUGGACACCUCCAAGACCAUCCUAACUGGCACCAAAAACACUGUAUCCACUGGCCUCACUGGCGCAAUGGGUGUAGCCAAAGGUGCCGUCCAAACUGGUGUGGACACUACCAAGACCGUUCUCUCUGGCACCAAAGACACUGUGUCUGCCGGCCUAACCGGAGCAAUGGGAAUGGCCAAGGGUGCAGUCCAGACCGGUGUGGACACAACCAAGACAGUCCUCACUGGUACCAAAAACACAGUGUCCACUGGCCUCACUGGAGCAAUGGAUGUAGCCAAAGGAGCCGUCCAAACUGGCAUGGACACUACCAAGACGGUUCUCACUGGCACCAAAGACACAGUGUCCGCUGGUCUCACUGGGGCAGUGGGUGUAGCCAAGGGUGCAGUCCAGACUGGUGUGGACACCUCCAAGACCAUCCUAACUGGCACCAAAAACACAGUGUCCGCUGGCCUCACUGGGGCAAUGGGUGUGGCCAAGGGUGCUGUCCAAACUGGUGUGGACACAUCGAAAACCAUCCUGACUGGCACCAAAGACACAGUGUCCACUGGCCUCACUGGGGCAAUGGGUGUGGCCAAGGGUGCAGUCCGAACUGGUGUGGACACCUCGAAAACCAUCCUGACUGGCACCAAAGACACAGUGUCCGCUGGCCUCACUGGGGCAAUGGGUGUGGCCAAAGGUACCAUACAAACUGGCAUGGACACUACCAAGACCGUUCUUUCUGGCACCAAAGACACAGUGUCCGCUGGCCUCACCGGGGCCGUAGGUGUGGCCAAGGGUGCAGUCCAGACUGGCGUGGACACUACCAAGACGGUUCUCUCUGGCACCAAAGACACAGUGUCUGCCGGCCUAACCGGAGCAAUGGGAAUGGCCAAGGGUGCUGUCCAGACCAGUGUGAACACCUCCAAGACCAUCUUGACUGGCACCAAAGACACGGUGUCCACUGGACUCACUGGCGCAAUGGGUGUAGCCAAAGGUGCCGUCCAAACUGGUGUGGACACUACCAAGACCGUUCUCUCUGGCACCAAAGACACUGUGUCUGCCGGCCUAACCGGAGCAAUGGGAAUGGCCAAGGGUGCAGUCCAGACCGGUGUGGACACAACCAAGACGGUUCUCACUGGUACCAAAGACACAGUGUCCACUGGCCUCACUGGGGCAAUGGAUGUAGCCAAAGGAGCCGUCCAAACUGGCAUGGACACUACCAAGACGGUUCUCACUGGCACUAAAGACACAGUGUCCGCUGGUCUCACUGGGGCAGUGGGUGUGGCCAAGGGUGCUGUCCAGACCGGUGUGGACACCUCCAAGACCAUCCUAACUGGCACCAAAGACACAGUGUCCGCUGGCCUCACUGGGGCAAUGGGUGUGGCCAAAGGUACCAUACAAACUGGCAUGGACACUACCAAGACCGUUCUUUCUGGCACCAAAGACACAGUGUCCGCUGGCCUCACCGGGGCAAUAGGUGUCGCAAAGAGUGCCGUCCAGACAGGUGUGGACACCUCCAAGACCAUCCUGACUGGCACCAAAGAUACAGUGUCCACUGGUCUAUCCGGAGCAAUGGGUACGGCCAAGGGUGCUGUUCAAACUAGUGUGGACACCUCCAAGACCAUCCUGACUGGCACCAAAAACACUGUGUCUACCGGCCUCACCGGGGCAGUGGGUGUAGCCAAGGGUGCCAUCCAAACUGGCAUAAAUACUUCAAAGACUGUUCUUAUGGGAACCAAAGACACGGUGUCCACUGGACUCACUGGGGCAAUGGAUAUGGCCAAGUGUGCCGUCCAGACUGGUGUGGAUACCUCCAAGACCUUCCUGACUGGCACCAAAGACACAGUAUCCACUGGCCUCAAUGGGGCCAUGGGUUUGACCAAGGGCGCUGUCCAGAUUGGUCUGGGCACUGUACAGAAUUGGUUACCAGCUUCUGGGGAAAGCUCCUAUGGUGGACUCACCAAGGACUCAGAGACAGACAAAUUUGGGCAACAAACUGUGGUAAACCCCCUGGAGGCUUCAUCCUGCAUGGUCUCCAGCCUCCCUGACACUCUCUGUGCUGGCCAUGUCCUUGCCACAGAAGCCACUCCAAGAACCCAGAGCCUUGGUUCCACUGUGGUAGCAAUCACACAAGGAACCUCACUGGGUACGGAGGAUGCGGGGUGCAUGGCCACCAUGCACAGCCAUGAAGGUGUCAUGGGCUUCCUGACACUUCCAGAGGAACUGCGGGAGAUCUUCCACCCCAUGAACGCUGAGGAGCAAGCUCAAUUGGUGGCUUCUGAGCCUGGGCCCAGGGUACCCGCAGCAGACCAGAGCAGUUACUUCGUGCGUCUUGGUGACCUGGCCCACAGCUUUCGCCAGCGGGCUUUCGAGCAUACCCUGAGCCAUUUGCAGCAUGGCCAGUUCCAGGCUAGGGCUACACUGGCCCAGCUUGAGGACUCCAUUAGGCUGAUUGAAAAGGCCAAGCAGGCUCCAGAAGGACAGCCAUGGACGGAUAAAGCCGGCACCCAAGAGGUGACAGACUUGGGAGUUCUGUCCAGGACCAGUGGACUCAUCCAGCAGCUCCACGUGGCUUACAGCACCCUGGCCUCCAGCCUCCAGGGUCUCCCAGCCGAGCUCCAGCAGCAGGUCAGGCAGGCGAGACACAGCCUCUGUGGGCUCUAUGGCGUCGUCUCCUCUGCCAGCUCCAUUGCAGAGCUGCCAGCCGAGCGCCUGGCUCAGAGCCGUGAGAGUGUAGGCCAGGCCUGGCAAGAGCUGGAGAAGCAGCUGGAGAGCGUGCAGCACAGCCCCCCACUCAGCUGGCUGGUGGGGCCCUUUGACCUGCACCCUGGUGGGCAGCAGCUAUAG